CCAGAGACGGCCUUUGGCGCACGCACUGUAUUGGCCGGAACCUCGAAGACAAGCGAUCCGAUUCAUCUCAGUCUGCCUCUUUUUUCAUUUUGGCAGGCGCCUGAUGUCUGAACAAUCACGCAAGCCGGUCUCAGCCAGGCCGAGAGUAGGUAGUCAGUCAUUGCUGAUCGACCUGCUUAUGCGCCCAUUUGUGUCUCUGCUGGAUACCCGUGAGCUGUCAGUUGGUCCCGAGUACAAAGUAUUAUUUACACAUGCCAUGCCGCUGGUGCUGGCAACUGCCCUCGAUAAACUCGGGCGUGCCUGCCCAUUUAGAUAUUUCUUUCUUACACCGCACGGCGACCUGCACUUUUUUUUCUUCCAUCGUCUUCUCUCAACCUCUUCCUUUUCUCUCUACUUUCUGGUUUCGUCUUUUAUUGAUUCUUUCUCUUGCAUCGCCAGCCUCAUAUCUCGUUGAAACGCGAUUUGCUCGCCGAGUACUCCACCUUUGACAACCCUCGCCUCUCACGCUUGGCCUCCUUCUCUCUCUCUCUCUCUCUCUCUCUCUCUCUCUCUCUCUCUCUCUCUCUGUCUU